AUGCGAUCUGUAUCGUCGUUUGGAAGAAGCAGUCCACACUCGCAUUAUAGCCGUACGUUUGAAUUACCGGAUGACUACGAAGAACUGUACUCUCGACAGGACAGCGACUAUGGCGUUGGCGGAGCAAUGUUGCCUAUUUUUCUCAACGAUUUGAGAAGGAAUAACCAACAACAAGAGGAUUUAGUUGAAGUAACGUUAGAGCUGGAGGAGGACGCCAUUGUUUUGUGCAGUGUAACUCCGACUGCACCGCAGUCAAAUCAUACCGGAGACAGCUCUGACGUGCCAUCCGGAAUUCUCGGCAGGAGCCUUUCGGCAUCCUCCCGACUUCGGCGAAAAUUCAGUUGGUUAACAUCAGGAUCGUUACGCACAUCAUCAUCCGAUAUCGUGGACCGUAAGAUAUCGGCGCGUGAUGCGCGGAGAAUCAAGGCAAAACUUGAACGAACGAGAUCGAGUGCACAGAGAGGACUUAAAGGACUGCGAUUUAUAAGCAAAACAACAGGUGUGUCUGACGCGGAGGAGCUCUGGAAAAAAGUUGCUUCGAGGUUCGAGUCGCUGGCUAAGGAGGGCUUGCUUGCGAGAGAAGAUUUCGGUGAAUGUAUUGGAAUGGUGGACUCAAAGGAGUUUGCAGUGGGAAUAUUUGACGCGUUGACGAGACGGCGAGGUCUAAGGGUGCACAAAAUAACGAAAGAGGAGCUUCACGAAUUCUGGUUGCAGAUUUCGGACCAGAGCUUUGACGCUCGUCUUCAGAUUUUCUUUGACAUGGCCGAUAGCAAUGACGAUGGAAGAAUCACAAGAGACGAAGUUCGGGAGCUAAUUAUGCUCAGUGCAUCAACCAACAAAUUGUCUAAGCUAAAAGAACAAGCAGAAGAAUACGCUUCAUUGAUCAUGGAAGAAUUAGAUCCUGAAAAUCUUGGUUAUAUUGAGUUGUGGCAGCUGGAGACGCUACUCCUACAAAGAGACACCUACAUGAACUACAGCAGGCCUCUCAGUUCAGCAAGUGUUAACUGGAGUCAGAACUUAACUUCGUUUAGACCCAAAAGCGUGAUCCGCAGAGCGAGCAGUAAAUGCCAGUCUCUAUUUAUAGAGAACUGGCAAAGAGGUUGGAUUUUGUUGUUGUGGGUUAUAGUAAUGGCUUCACUCUUCGCUUGGAAAUUCAUCCAAUACAAAAACAGGGCAGCAUUUCAUGUCAUGGGCUAUUGUUUGGCCACGGCCAAAGGUGCUGCAGAGACUCUCAAACUCAACAUGGCUCUAAUACUAUUACCAGUUUGUCGAAACACCCUCACUUGGCUUCGUUCCACUAUAGCCAGGUCAUCUGUUCCCUUUGAUGACAACAUUAAUUUUCACAAGACGAUAGCAGGUGCCAUAGUCAUUGGAGUCCUAAUCCAUGUCGGCCCUCAUUUAGCAUGUGACUUUCCCCGAAUUGUGAACUCAUCUCCAGAAAAAUUUGCCCUCAUAUCUCAUGACUUCCACAACGAAAAGCCCACAUACACAGACCUUGUGACUGGUGUUGAAGGUGCGACUGGGAUUUGUAUGGUCAUUUUAUUGGCCAUUGUGUUCACGCUUGCAACACAUAAAUUCAGGAAAAAUGGGGUGAGGCUACCCCCACCUUUCAACAGAUUAACAGGCUUUAAUGCAUUUUGGUAUUCUCAUCACCUUACUUGCUUGAUCUACAUUUUGCUAUACGUCCACGGAACUCUCUUAUUCUUGUCCCACAAGUGGUAUCAAAAAACGACAUGGAUGUACAUCUCUGUUCCUUUGUUGCUCUAUAUAGCAGAGCGGCAUCUGCGGACACGUAGAUCAAGAUAUUAUUCAGUAAAAAUACCCGAGGUUUCAUUUUUACCAGGAGAUGUCUUCAGCAUAGUCAUGUCCAAGCCAAAUGGAUUUAAGUACAAAAGUGGGCAGUACAUAUUUCUCCAGUGCCCAGCUAUCUCCUCAUUUGAAUGGCACCCUUUUUCUAUAACCUCAGCACCAGGAGAUGAGUACCUCAGUGUUCACAUCCGGAUAGUGGGAGACUGGACGCAAGAGUUGAAGCGAGUUUUCACAGACGGCAAUGAUUCAGCAUGUGUUAUUGGUCGAGCCAAAUUCGGUCAACUUGGGCACGUGGAUCACGACGGCCAACCAAAAUUGUUUGUCGAUGGCCCAUAUGGUGCUCCGGCACAGGACUACAGAAAUUACGAUGUCUUGCUCCUUGUAGGGCUAGGAAUUGGAGCUACUCCUUUUAUAAGCAUCCUUAGAGAUCUUCUCAAUAAUACCAGAGAGGACCAAUUGGAUUUAAAUGGGGAUACCAGCAGAUCAGACGACAGCUGGAACAGCAUUGCGUCUUCAAAUACGUCUACAGGUUCAAGUUUGACAAAGAAGAAAUCUCAAAAGACUAGAAGUGCUCAUUUCUAUUGGGUUACUAGGGAACCCGGAUCGUUUGAAUGGUUUAAAGGAGUCAUGGAUCAAAUUUCAGAAAUGGAUCACAAAGGCCAGAUUGAGCUGCACAACUACCUUACAAGUGUUUAUGAAGAGGGGGAUGCAAGGUCAACCUUGAUCACCAUGGUUCAAGCUCUCACCCAUGCCAAGCAUGGUAUUGACAUCUUAUCUGGAACGAGAGUAAGGACACACUUUGCGAGGCCCAAUUGGAGAGAAGUGUUCACUAAAAUAGCAUCAAAGCAUCCCUGUGCUACAAUAGGAGUUUUCUACUGUGGGAUGCCAGUGUUGGCCAAGGAGUUGAAGAAACUAUCACAGGAGAUGAGUCGCAAGACGUCCACGCGCUUCCAGUUCCACAAGGAGUAUUUCUGACAUCAUUUAAAUGUAAAACUCCAAUUUUUACUUGUGUAAUGAAUCAAAUGAGAAAUGUAUUUGUGUAUUCCUGAAUGUAGCUCAGCCAGGUGUGUAUAUAUAUUUAUAUACAAUUGCUAUAGUAAUGUUGUUCAACACACAAGAUCAUUUUUUUCAUUAAACAAUACAGAACAAGUUACCGGUUUUGGUUUGGUUUGGGUUGACCGAUAAUAUCCAGAUAAUUUAUACGACUUCCAUGUGUAGGUGAGUUGAUAGAAGAGAACAGCUGUUGCAAUAUUCUGUUUUUUCAAGAGUUUAACGUCAGACAACAUGAGCUAAUUGA